AAGCAUUAAGACUGUAUCUCUGGUUGCAAUAGCCACUUCGGGUUGAUCGACCUUUCCAUGCAUGGCUUCCGGACAGUGCUCAUAUAGCAAGGUUGGGAUUCAGGAAGAUAGGGACUCGAUGUUAAAACAGCACUUAGUAAACGCUGGUUACAGGAUUGCAGAGGGUUAAAAAUAGAUAAUGUCAGACGAUUCAAGCAUUCAACCCAAGUAAAGUUACUGUCAUGGAAUGUUCUGUGAUCCAUACCACAAAAUGGUGCGACGACGCAAUCAGUUGGUGGUCGUAACUUUCCAGGAAAAAAUUAUGUGAUGCAUUUAAAUUUCGAUCACCUGAUAAUUAAGCAAGAGGUGACCAUUAAUGCCCAUGAUUAUCUGUAGUUCCAGCCCAUUUCAGCUUGUUUUUGUAGUGGGUGAUGACAAAACGAGUUUUUUUUUCUAAAAUUCUUCGUUAGAAUGGUCCACCCAAAAGUCUUGGAACGACAAUGCAACAUCCUCCAACCGUGAAGGCGAGAGUUUCUGAUAAUGCUCUGAUUCUCAUUGAAGGGGGGUAAAUCCGGGACCUAGGAUUAGGGUUCCAAUCUGCAGUCUUCUUCCAAUGCCCUCCCCGCUUGGAGCAGGUGGCGUCAUGCGGAGGCGCAGCCUCAAAGCAUUUAAAACGAUACUCGUUGCUUUCCAAUUUUGGGUACCACAUUUUUAGGAUUCCCAGAAAAAUACUACAAUCCAUGGAUUCCUUCGAAUUCAAAGCUAGUAGCUCCUCACCUAGAAGUUCUCACGGUCAAGACAGACGAUGCCGAUCAUAUGUCAUCUAAGAAAGAGGUUGAUAUAGCCACAUAACUCGCACGCACCCGCUAGGUAUAUCUUGGGCAGUUUGGUCCAUCCUAAACCUGUCAGACGAUACUGAACUUGAGGUGUAGGAGUCAAGGGAUUGACACAUCGUAGUGAAAAUCGACGCACUUAGUCUGAGGAGUUGCAUUUUUCUCGAGUACGAUGUACUGAAAUUCUUGACGGGGGGCGUGCUACGUUUUCAGACACCUAUCCAGAUUAGGAGGUUUACAAGGAACAUUAUGUGAGAGUUCUAGGGUGUUUGAAAAGGAAUGUGCUGAGGUUCGAGUCUAGCAGUGGACAGAAGCGAUGGGGACAUAUCAGCUGAGCUUGCAGGGAUCCUACUCCACGCAGGCAGAAGCUGCCCAGAAGAACUCUCAUGGCAGUACCUGCUGCUCAGGUGGUAAAGAUGGAGGAAUCUCUAAUGGAAGUUGCCGAGCAUACUCAAACGGAAUCAGCACAAGCUCGUCGUAUGGCUGUACAAGAUCAUCACACACUUCUGGGAAGAAGUCAGCGAAGUCUAAAGUGACUCAUGGGUUUGGGUUAUUCGGGACAAAACGUGUUGUGUCCCAUCAGAACUUAGAGGGGCUAGUGAAUGCCAGUCCCUCGCGGCACAGUACAGCGUGUUGUGAUGGUUUGGCGGAGAGACAGGUCCAUGAGAAGAGGCUUACCGCGCAGCGAUUGGACACGAGGAUUUCAGCACAAGAUGUAGAUUUCGUGGGGAGCAGCUUUCGAUCGGAGGAUGAGAGUCUAGCGCUUUGGGAGGAGGAUGAGCAGCCGGCGUCGACUGAGCACGGCGGGAUAAAGUUCACGACCCAGACGCCCAAGUGGCUUGAAGCCAUGUUCGACACCGUCAAGCACGCACCGUGGCGAAGCUCCCCAGGUCACCCCAAAUCCUCUUCCAAUAGCUCAAGGAUCUCGCUGGACAGGAAGACGAGCACUCGACCUUUGCACGAGUCUCCCAGAGCUUUGUACAGCAAUUCGGUGAAGAAGAAUCGUAAUGCAGAGAAUCGAGCAGUGUGCAGUCCCGCUUCGGCUUCCAAUUUAUCGCGCCAGAGUGGAGAGCUCAAUUUGGUUUCAUUGCCCACCUACAAGCACCUGGACGAUGCUGUAACGUCGGAUGGUAGCAAGUAUGGAAGCUUAUCACGGUUACAAGAACCAGAUUCCAUUUCGGAAGAAGACAUGAGGUUAACUUCCUCUGCGGAUUCGUGGAAGACCUCAUUCGGGCUGGAGCCUGUCACGGAGAAAGAUUGCACAGUCAAUCGAGUGACAUGGGAAGUUCCUCUAAGCGAGGCGCGAGAAAUUGUGGAGAUUGAGCGGGUCCAGAAUGCAAUUCCAUCGCUAUCCAUGUAUGGUUCUGCGUCAACAACAGACAGCCAGGAUUUAGCUGAGGAAAUUGCUGGCACUGUCGAUGUUUUACGAAGUGAUGCUUUCGAUGGACGGUCGGAGUACGCCAGUUGUCGAUCCUCAACAGAGCCAGAGCUCGAGCACAGUGAUAGAGUGUGCGACAAUACAAACACAACUGAAUCAAUUGGUGUCGGGGACCUAGUAAACUUCAUUGCACCAGUGAUUUCCAAACCUCAAACUUUGGAAAGAAAAGAAACUUCUUCUUCAUCGAGGUCAGGGCGUAUUGUUUUCAAAUGGGAGGCGCCCACAGGGAAGGUUAAAGCAGAAGAGGUUUUUGCAAGCACUCUUCAACUGGACGACUCGCCGUAUCUAACUCUGUUCCGUCAAUAUUCUGCCAAUUUGACGAGUGCGACUGUGGAUGGGGUUCCUGUAAUUCUAUCAAAGACCUCAAACUCCGCAAUUGACACCACCUCCACUUCGAUUUUAACAAAAUCGAAAUUUUCGCAUGAUUUUCGAGGCACUCGGCGAAUUUAUUCUAGCAGGGGAGCGGACGACUCAUCAGACGGGCUGUUUACCAAAAAGCGACCUGGGAUGUUUGGGCCAACUCGGUCCUUAAUGGCAGAGAGGGACGGCCCUAGAGACUUCCUAGAUUCAUCUUCCCCAAGAAGUGUCCUCCGCGGACCAGGCGAUGGCAGUUUGCCAUCUUCGAAUCCCUCCCUAAGAUCUGACCCUGGGACACCAUCAUUCUCACCUACGGUCACCUCUGGAUCGCAGUCGAUUUCGAGUUGCAAUGUCUCAUUUGAUCUCGGCGAAGGCGAUUGCGACGCCCUCGCUCCGGGUUACAGUCCUAACUCAACUGCUGCUCGCACCUUUGUAGAGUCACGAUGCGUGAGCUUGUCAUUCCCCAGCUCUUGCCUUGAAAAACCUGCUUGCGACGAUGCAAGUAGAAAAGAUAAUGGAACAACCACGUCAAACAUUGAGCUGCUUGGAUCCGAUGACCCCUUCAACUCGAACACAUUGCACUCCCUCCCUGGGCCGAUGCAUAGCCCAGAGCUUUGGACUGCAACGUUCUCUACGCGCUUUUGUAAUAACGACUCAGAGCUAGACAGUUUCUGCGCUGCCACCGAGAGAAAAUCCCACUGCUCGACGUCUCCACAAGAUGCUUGUCAGUCCUCCGAGGAUGAACACCCAAACUUGGAACAGAAUACAAGGUCUCGGAGAGACGAAUUCAGUGCGUUUCCCGGCAUGAAGUUUUCCCCAUUACGCUUAACUUCCUCUAACAAGUCCAACCACAGUUGUUUCAUUGCGACCACCCUUUCACCUCCUCACAACGACGAGCAUAGCAAUCGAUCGCCCACCUGUGCAGCUACUCUGGAGCUUCUGUCCCCUGCUGGAGCAUAUAAGCAGAGAAAGUACAAAGCUUCCGGCGUGAAGGAUACCAAGCUGCACUUCACCAAGCAUCAGCAUUCUUCUGAGGACGAACAGACUGUUAUGGUGUCCAUCAGCAAGGCCAUGAAGAAAAUCUUGUCGAAAUGUGCCGUGAAGCGCCCCACUCGCAAGUGGAAGUCCAAGAUGGGUUCCCUCAAGAGCGACAUACUUCCGCCUGCCAAAUCUUAAUUGACCAAGGCCAACUUAAGGACGCAACACCUGUCUGUCUAUAUCAUUACCACCUCAGCUUCUACUCUGGGACACACGAGGAGUCUGUGAAGCUCACUGCUUCCCUCCUAACACACCACAAAUGAGGAACGGCCAUGUAUGAUACCAAGUAGAGGGUAUUUCGUCUAUAAAAUGUGAUCAAUUCCAUGGUGUUAAGCAGGAUAGGUGGAGAAAUAGGUCUUCUGUCAACGUUGCAAAACAGCCAUGUAAAAUAGCGAGCCUAGUCCCUGAAAUUGGACCCUUUUCAUAUCCGCGUACUUCUCAUCA